UCCAAUACCUCAUCUCACUGACGACGGUAGCGUUUGCGGCUAGGCCUAACGUCGACAGAGGCGGCCGCUAUUGCCGUUGUGGGCGUCGUCGUCCACAAUGCCGGCAAGGGCAGCAGCGGCGGUAGCAGCAACACCAGUCGAAGCCGGAGUUCCAUAAUAACUCUGACAACAGUACGGAUGACGAGGACAACGGCGAUGAUGACGGCGAUGAUGAUGUAGCGAACAACUCAUCCUAACUAUUUUUCACGGGGUGAUUGGCUGUAGCAAUGUGUCAGGGCAUGCGGCAUUAAAACGCGUGUCCUGUUAUGGCCAACAGAAUAAUGCACAUAUUUAGGUAAAGUAGGAGAGUGGGUCAAAAGAUUUUUUGCCCGCUGGCGACGGUGUUGUUUUUGUUCGUGCUGUUGUGACUGUUUAUGUUCGCGCGGUAACUGUCAUUAACAGAAUACAUUUAGUCAACGUUCGGGAAAAAGCGUCAACAGGAUUUUAUGAAGAGGCACGUUUGCCGUAUAACAGGAACCCAUAGAAGAUCCGAUCGAUAACAAUAGCGAAGGCACCAACAAGUUUGUUAACGUGUACUAUAUACGUGACUACACCACGUUUUGAUAAAACUAUUAUGUCGCCGACGGCAGUAGUUCGUGUUCCUUCGCGUUCUAGAUAUCCAUCGAAAGCUAGGGACGUUACUUUUCAGCUUAUUCGCUGCUAGCAGCUGGAAACGACGUAUACAUUGUGGCUAUAUGUGGCGGCCUUUCGGUUCAAACGAAACUAGAAAAGGCUAGAUAAGCAGACAGACAAUGACACAAUGGUCAAAGGAGGGUUAAACUUUAACACUGUUAGGGAAGCUAUUUUUUGUUGAAGUUUCGGAAUUAUUCCAACUACUAAUUAGAUAUACGACUUUCGGUCAUUCUUAUUGGAUUGAAUUGUGCGUUUACCAACUAUUUAGUGACCAUUUCAUAUCAUGAAGCCAGAAAUAAAGUUUCAGCUUUAGCCAGCAGCUUUCGGCUAAGAAUGCUUCGAAUUUGAACAGCGAUAGCCCGUGAUAAUCCUUGAGGAACUCCCCUGCUACCAGCCAGUCAAUGACUCAAACAAUAAAAGACAUCAGGCAGAUUCUUUCGAAAAAUAUUUAGAUUAUAUGCCCUUUGUUCUGAAUAAAUCGGCAAAAUAGAAACAGAGAUGGUGGCCUAUAACAAAUCUAUUUUCACCUUACUACUUGGGUACCAAGUAAUAUUAAUUGAGGCAAGUUAGACCCAUGUUCCCGACCAUAUAUACUCUGUUUCCAUUGGCAGUGAGAUGCGUAAAAAAAGCUUAAAGCAAUAAAUUCUCAUAUAGCGAGUAGCGAUUCUAAUAAUCGGCCGCUGGAUCAUUCAUCACCGCCAACAGACAGAUAGACCGACCUUGAUCGAUCGAUCGAUCGACCGACGGGUGGAUUCCGUUGUAAGUCGAAUCACAAGAGAUCUCAUGUCUCUUCAUAGACAAUGUGAAGGUCACAUUGACAAGAUCCAUCCACCUCGAUGACACUAAAUAUAUUGUUGCCGGCAAACUUCUCACCGAUCGUGUUGAUAUUCAUAAUGCCUCUAUGUAGCACUUCAGCCGCUCAUCUGUCGGCAGCUAAGCGCCCGUCGUUGCUGCAGCUACUUAACAUGUUUGGUUAAUGUCGUAGUCGCCACUGCCCGUUCAAUAAGCGGCCACGCGCGGCACCACAAUAUAGAACAAAACGGCAGUUGCCAAACGGCGUCACCGCUGUGAAAACAUCGUCAUUUUUGGUCCGACCGUUUCCGCACCUCUUAUGUUUUGUUGUGUCGGCAUUGAGGGCCGACUACACGUAGUUCAUCGUAUCAACGUAUAUACCUCCGACGGCAAUCUGCUCUCAUUCUGCAAUGACGUUCGACACUGGUUCGAAUCCGGGCAUUGACAGAUUUCGAUUCGUGCUGGGAGCGAGAUGGUUAGGAUGCCUUACGAAAUAUGGACGUAUACUCAAUAUGGCCUUGAUAAAUAAAGUUUGUCUACGAUAAUAGGAUUGCAAUAGCUGAACUAAAAAUACUUCAGUCGUUAGUAUUAUUGUCCUCGUUGCGUUUCAAAUCUUUAUUCUAAUCAGAGUAUAAAUUUUAUGUGGAUGCUUUUAUUAUCAAACGCGAUUUACCUCUAAUUCAGAUGAGAUUUAUCUUUUGGGAACCCACCGGCUGAUUUGAGCUCAGACUCAUUGCGAUAUACCGAUGACACUAUGAAUAAGUGAUUAGUAAAAGUCUGGGUCGCUCGUUUAUACUUUGCUUCUUCAAAGGAACACACGCAAAUAGAAAUAGACACAAGACCAAGGUUAUAGAACCCCUCUCGAGAAAUUAGUUGAACAGACAUCGCGACCGUAAUGAUAACCAAUACUUACAUAUAUAUAUAUAUAUAUGUAUAUAAUUGUUCCACUUCCUGAUUCACUCGUUUUUGUUCAUUCCCAUUAGAGUGAUAGUGACAGGUGUAGUUGUGACGCGGAACAUAACAAUAAGUUAUAUUAGUGCCACUAUAAUAAAUGAAGAUUGCGGUUGGUGUUGCAUAAGUAAAUCGAAGUGAACAAUCAGCUGUUAUUUCGCUGAUUGGACCUGUGACGAAGCAAAACGGUAGGUGGAUUGGGUUUGCUGAUCCGUUGAUGGUUGAUGAUCUUGCUGCGAUGGGGUCCGUGAAGACACGGAAAGAAGACCUGCAGGACGACGGCAAGCAGUGCGAACACUUUGACUAUGGCAGCUCCAACCGACGACAAAGGAAGGAGCGAGCUUCGUAGUCUACCGCUACUACUGGUAAGACUCUAUUACAGCGCAGCGAUUUGAAGUGUCGUUCAUCGAAGCAGACAGCUCAAAGGAUGCAACACAAUAGGGCAGUCGAUUUGCUCAAGACAACUGUAAGUCUGCCGAGUGAGUGCCGGCUUCCACUACCAUGAUGCUUAUUCAAAUGAGAUAUUUAUAUAUAUAUAUAUGCAAAGAAUCGCCGAAACAUAGUCCGCUGUAGCCUCACCAUUUAGCUUUUCGUAUGACAUUGGUCUAUUAUAGCCGAUUAUCAUGAUGACCAUCUUUGGCAUCGUCCUAUACCUAAGUUUCGGCUGUUUGAAGUAAUCAGAUCUCCGCGACCUCACUUGUUAAGCCUAGGAUUCUUUAAAUAUCGCUCCUCACAGGGCUUCUACUAAACGAAAUGUUUCGUCAAAAUUGUUAAUCACCGUUCGAUCUAAUCGGUUACUUUUGUAGAUAUCCAGCAACAUACCUGUUUCGUGGUCAUUCCUAGUAGUAUUCCACUUUAUAUAUAAAGCUUAAAGAUAUAAUAUCACAAGGUCCCACUGAAUAUAAUUCAUUGAAGCACCUCGCAUCAUACAAAUUAUCCGAAUCUAGUGAGCUUCAUACACACUUAAUUUGAAGAACUUGUUAGGGAUCCUAAAGAUGGUAGAAGAGGGCAACGAGCAGCAGGAAGUUUAUUACAGUUUUCCCUGUAUCUGGAGCACGAGCAUGUAUGAUCAGGCUCGUGAAAACCCGGCUCCCUGCAGAGUUGAUGGUGCAUGGUAAUGCGAUUUACGAUAUGUCUAUUUAGCCAAUUUUGUUCCUUUUGCGCUCGCUGUUCCCACUGCACCCGAAUGUUUGUUUCCGGUUUCGAAGAUUGAUUUUACAGCUCAGUACGGCACUCUAAAUUGUCGACUGGUAGUGGCGAGUCGCCUAGGAGAUACGCGAAGCAUAUUUGACUUGUUAUGUGUAAUUCCAGUGCUCUCUUAAAAAAGGAAGCACUUACACGAUUUAGUCGUUCGACGCUCUCCGCUGUGAGGUUCUUUCAAACAACCCGUAUUCCACACUUUAGGAUCAAAGCGAUCUUAGGAUAAAACAAAAAGCGAUUGUAACAGGCAAACGAUGAGGAGAUUUGGUUGCCCAGGCACUCGAAACUGCCGUCGUUCAUCUUUCGAAAAAAUGCUCGGUGAAACUUUUGCCAUUAACGGACAUGAGCAGUCCCAAAAAUUUGGAACCGGUUAUCAUAAGCAAGAGGUGGUCAAUGCAAGCUAAAAGGUAUCAGUUGCCUCUGUCCUGCUUUCCCAUUUAAAUUUUAUCCCGUCCUUUUUAAAUGUUAAAUUUUUUAAAUUUUAAAUUUUAUCUCGUCUUGACCAAAGUUACUGUCCCUCCCAACUGACUGGCUGCCGUGUUGAAUUGAAGUAGAGCUUGCUGAACUUAGAAACUCUUCUACCCGUACCGUUAAAUCGCAUACAUGAUUCGAUCAACUUACUCGGCUCUCUUAUUUGAAAAAGGGCAAGAUCGAGGAUUAUUAGAAUAGAUUUAGGUUGUCCCCCUAAGCAAAACCGGUUGUUUGUGUGAAAGGUGGUAGUUUGUCGUGUUUUCCGGUAAAGUUGCAACGAGACCGUUGGGCACGUUUACGCCCACCUCAGCCAGCGUCACCAUAAUCUUGUGCACGCGUGUAAAGUCGAAAGUUGGUCUGAAAUUGUCCAACCAUGCACGUAGACCAAGGCCAGCGCUGUCUUGGCACCGGCCACCGGGAUCGUGCACGCUGUUUAUACGAAGCGUACCCUCUGGGACAGAUGUUGAUCCUUCUAAAUAGCUUGUACGCUUUUUCAGUAGAUGUUCAGUCCCAUAGUCAACAAGCCGGGAAGCAGCUUAUAACAAAUGCUUCUUUUUGCGACUUUUUUAGGAAUCACUAGUAAACGAGCAUCUUCCAACUGCGAUAAGGACGUAUUAAUACUUAAAAAUAUAUUAAAAAGUGCCUUUUAACAUGGUGCCAGCACGAAGGCACACUUAGGAAGGCACACUAGGCAAACAUCAUCUAGACUGGCGGCCUUUUUGUUACGUAGACUCUUAAAACCUUGCAUAAAUUACCGCACUGUGAGCCCUUGCUAAAAGAGAUCGCCUCUUUUCACACCGCAAUGAAAAACUGUACCGCGCAAAGUAUCCGAUUCCGUAUCUGAGUAUUUUAUGAACGCCAAGGAGCUGAUCAGGCAAGCCACUGAGCUGCCUUGGCAUAUUAGCCACUUGUAUGAUUUGUGCUCUGCAUUGACGAUUAGUUCGGCUUCCAGGUAUUCUUAUUGUUGCGACACACACAUUUUUCAAUGGGUAGUUAAAAAAAAAACGCAUUUUGGCCAGAAGUCUGAAAUUCAUCUGGGCUCCUUAGGCAAGGUGGCAGGUAUAGUGCAACUGCGUUCUGUGCUUCCAAAGUGUCAAAGAAUUAGGAAAUUUCGAUUAACCGCUGCCCAUGGUUUUUGGGAUUCACAAAGUAAAAAAAUUUAACAGAGUCAUUCCAGGAGCUUGUUUUUUUAUCCAGAUGGAGCAACGAAGCUUGACGUUUGACAAAUGCAACUUGCCAUGGGUUUACGAGCUCGAGCAGUUGCGCCCGUCGAAAGCGGCUGAUUCUCAUCCUAAAUUUCAUUUUAUUUUUGUUUGAUUUUAUUGCAAAUAUAGCAAAAACUUGCAUGUUCCUAGAGAGUCGAAAUAGGAUUAACUGGCCAGCAACCGUAGGCCGGGAAUUGGUCUUCGGAUGCCGCAGAUCGUCUCAGGUCCAACUAAUCGAGGCGGCCGUUGACGUAAUUGAGAGAUAGGUGCUACAUACAAUAUUCAAACAGGUAUAUGACAAUUUCAAUUUUAUAAUACUUUUUAUGCGACUGUAUUAUUUUAUAGAAAAUGUUGUGACUCCACAAAUGUGAGAUCAUGACUUUAAUUAAAGCUUUUUGGUUUUAAAAGUUAAGAAAAUGUCUUGGACAUAUUUACAUGACUUCCCUAAACGGUUUGAACGGUCUAUGCAAACCUAAAGUUACGAUCAUUUUAAAAUAUAUCAGGCAGAAAUUUUCACACUGACAAGAAACUGGUACGGUAAUGAUAAUGUCUGCAGGUAAUUAUAAGGGAUAGCUGUUCAUGCAUAGUCUUGACAGUAUAGAGUAUGAUUAUAUAGAAACAUGUAUGUCUAAUGCAUGUUUUACUGGUAUUUUUCGAAGUAAAACUUGCAUGCUUACUAUCGUAAUCGCGAUAAUUCCAAUACAAAUUAUUCUAUUCAAUAACUGCAACUGUAUGUGACACUAAUUGUAGAAAUGUAAUUGUGCCUGUAGUAUGGAGACUGUGAACGUACAUAGUAAGUUGUUAUUUUUCGUUGCCCGCGGGGCAAUCUUGAUAUGUAAAAUCGGUAGAAUGGAGGAAUAAGAACGUUGCCACGACGACGAGGUAAGUCUUUUCUUCUAUAACAUUAUUCUAUAAUAUCGAACUUCUUUACUAAUUGUUUGGCUGCAUCUAGCCUGGCUUAAGCACGAGCGAUGUGACGAUCAAUCUUCUUUUAUAAUUUGAAGAUCGGUUAUGAUGUCCAAUAUGCUGAAUAUCUGAUUCUGAUAAUGAAUAAUUGAUGUAGAGAGAGUACCUUUGCUCUAGCCAUGCGCUAGCCAUUUGUACUGAAAAUGUGCUCUCUAUACGUACAAUAUGAAAUGUCUGCUUAACAUAAUGGAGCCCUAUCGUUAUCAAUGUUAAGCGCACUUAGCCAUAUGCAAUCCAUAACAAUAAAUUUAAACAAAACCUAGAAUUCAAUCGGUGUUUUUAUUAAUAGUAUACUCCAAUACUUUUAUAUUAUCUAGUCUAUUAUCAGAAUACAAAACAUAACGCGACGUAUUUGAAAGAUUUCUGUGUUUGUGAGGCUUUUUCCAUAAAAAGAAACACAUUUUUUUCUUCAGUUACCUAAAGCGAAUUCAUUUACUUGUAUGCUGGUCUAGAUAUAUUUAGCUACACGCCAAUAUCAAUCUCCCUUUUUCUUCCAUUGUUUACCAAUGUUUACUCGCAGAUAAAGCAUCUGCGAGUAAACAUUGGUUUGCCACCGCUAGAUAUCAGACGAGACUUCAGGCCAAAACUCCCUAAUGAGAUCUACUGCAUUGCUACGUAAAAACAUGUUCAAUAAGCAGCUGACCUGACGGCGUUGGACAAGUUAAGGCAAAAAAGGACUUGCAUUAGAGGACUAGUAGGAUCGAAUUGCUCACCUUUGAAUUCUAUGCUUGUUCGCGUAGGGAGCUAUUUUUCACUUAAAUUGAUAGGGAAACAGUUUGUAUGGACCUGUCUCAUGAGGGCGGAACAGCGUGAGUGAACGUAGAGCGUGGAUCGUUGCCAUCAUCAGCACCCUUAUGAUCACUACUGUGGUGGUUUCUCAGUGCUGCGACGAUGUAAAAAAGACGUCUACACGGAUGCGGAUGGUAUGGUGCCUGCGAAAGAAAAGGCUGCUGUUCUUAACGCGACAGCUUGGUGUAAUUCAGGAACACUAAAAUACCGAACAUUACACCCCCUCCCCUCCCCAGAAAAACCUUGUCAUGGAAGGGAGGAUGCCUGUCGAUUUAUCUGCGUGUCUAUCUAUUGUGUCAUUCAGACAUCAACACAAAUUAGCCAUAUUUUAGUUGCUAAUUGUCUCAAUAUAAUUUGUUUGCGUUCUUUUUCUUUACCCUCGCUUGUUUUCGCGGUUUCUAAUGGAAUCAAUCAAUCAUUCGAUUGUUCUUGCUAGGGACUUCCUAUUUUUCUCGGCCGUGGAUCCAGGCACGCCACAGCGUCCUUUUUCCCUUUCUCUCGUAGACUACUAGUCGAUAUCUAUUUCUGAAACGGCGCCGCAUGUGCCGUUGCCGAUCGGCAGGGAAUGAGCAGACCAUGAGAAGUUGAUCGAACAAAUUCUACGCCGCAGUGUUAGCUCCUAUCCUGAGGCAAGAUAUGACAGCUCUGAGUUCAACUGCCUCUAGGCACUGUGACCUAGAAAGAGGGAAAACUAUAUAGCUACUAGUCAAGUAGCCGGACGUCAGGCGGACGUAGGCGACGGCAGUAAUAACAGUAGACAGCAGCGAUAAUAGCACCGUUAUCGGAACGGAACUAGACAGGAUCAACUAAGGAUGGCAGCGGCGGCGGAGACGAAGGCGACAGCAACCUACCGUCAUGUUCGUGCAAGCCGUUCAAAUCUUCGCAGCAAGAGAAAGUGAUGGACGAGUCACUUGUCGAGUUUCCAGUGGGCUGUCGAUACGUACCAGCCGAAAAAGGAGCAUGCGGUGCCAAGCGUGCCAUUGUCACAACUACCUUAACUCGAACCACACAACGCUACCACCAGCACGAUCAUCGUCCACAUCCGCCUUCUACGCAUCACCACCACAACGUGCCCCAGCAGCAUGCCCCCGCGACAGAUUCCUGUUAUUCAUCGUCGGCGGCAUCUUCACCGCUUCCCCAAAGGGUGGCAAUGAGUCCUGACGCUGGCUAUUAUUCGCCGGAGACAACAUUAACUCGCUCCGAGCAACCGGCAUUCGAAUCGUUUCAGGAAGAUCUCCCAGAAACAGAUGAGAGGUUUCAGCAUCAGGAAAGUCAACACGACGAUUCCUUUCCCGAACAGUCGAACAUGUAUGAUGCUACUGUCGAAGAAUACCACCAGAAAGAUGUACAUGAACAUCUUCAUCAGGUUGAGGAUUCCGCGUACAUUGAAGCAAAGAGUUAUUAUGUUCCGAGUUCAAUAGCCAAGAGGAAACCUCUAAGUAGUUCACUUCUUUCCUUAACGACAUCAUCAGACCGAAGUGAUUCUAGUGAAAUAGACUGGGCUGCAAAGUUGAACAAUGGAUGGUUGUUACCCCUUGACCUUGAGGCAGUACCUUAUAAAAUUCCUUUCGGAGGCCAAAGAGUUCCUGGAACCGUUCCGUAUCGACAGCUGCCCCCGGUGAAAGAUCCGACAGAGAUCAGAAGCAGCACACCGGUCAGCAAGGGACCCUCAAUGAUCUUCCGUCAACAAAAAACGUCCGGGAUCCUGGGUCGGUCGCCAUUAAUCGAUGGUCUGUUCAUCAGACCCAGCCGUCACCGAGACGAACUUUCUGACCUAUUAGAUCUUUAUUCAAGUCUUCGUCUCGAGGAAGACGAGGAUCUUUUGAUUAGAGCCGAACGAAGGGACCUACCUGAAAGAUUUCAAAAAAAGUACAGGAUGCUACCGAGGCGCAGGUAUAACCAAUUCAAUCAACCGAUUUUGCGAGCUAGAAAGAAGUCUACUGACGACACCAUCUCGUUAAUUCAUCUCCAUGGAAAGACGCCACCUUCGCGGCGUUCGGCAGUUCCGGAUCGCGUUCUUGAUGACCUGGCUGCGCGUCGUUUCGCAAAGCAAGAUCGACUGCUAAAAGAUUAUGAGCCGCGGACGCCCGACUCGAUACCGCUUCCUCGAGAUCGUAGAUUUCCAACUCAAUGUUAUCUUCGUCUGAGUCCGCUAUUUACGCCUCCACUUGAAUGCCCCUGUGCAUCGCUAUUGAACAUCUUCAACGAGGCCGAUGCUGAACGUGAUGAUGUGUUGUAUCGAAGCAUGCUCCGUAAGCAAUGGAAAGGUCCAGAAAGACAACCUCCUAUGGGUAUCCCACUUACAGCAGAGAAAGAGCCUCCACAACUUUCAGCCAGAGGCCAUUAUCUCACGGCGUCAAGAAGAGAUAUGCGCGCCAGGUACAAGACGCGACCGACAACGACGGCUGAUCCCGUACAGGACGAUAUGGCCGUAAGGAGACUUCGAAAGGACACACUCGAUGCGCCUAAAUUUACGCAGGUCACUCGGGUGUAGCUAAAAACGGCGUGAACCUACGAGCCGCCGUUUAGGCUUUGUUUUAGGUACCUGAUUUUGUCAUGCCAUAUUGCGUUCGGCUUUACGCUUGUGAGCCGUAACGGCGUAAGGUGGAAACGAAUAGAUAUGCUUUUACAGUUUUUAUACCUGCUUCUUGGCGAUAAGGACUGACGCGUGUAAAAUCCAACGUAAUUCAAUAGUAAAUUCCAACGUGCCUCUCGCUUGCAUUAACAUUUAAAUUUGCAUCUGCAAAUAAUAUACAUAAUAUAUAUAUAAGUCAAAUUGGACGAAAGUGCCAGAGUCUGGUGUUUCACCAGAUUUAAAAAUGUUGGUUCAAAGAGCGUAGCAGUAUCACCUUAUAGUUUUUAGUGAAGUGGCCUAACUUCAUAUUACUACGAGGUAUCCUGUGAAAAAACACACACAAUGUUGAUUGAAUCUCUAAUUAAUAUAAACAUUAGCUUUCAAAGACUGAAAAAUUUGUACAGAGUACAUGUUUAGUGAAAUAUACAAACACUUUUGUAGACUAUAUCGAAUCAAAAAGGGGAGAUUUUUCAUGUUAAAAGGACUAGCCCAUUUGGACAAAGUGCCAUUUUAUAAAGGAAGUUCACAGAAUAUCAUCUGAUGAUGAUCUAACAACGUUCAUAUAAUGCGAAAAUAUUGUAUUUAAGUGCGUGCGUGAUGUUAGGUUAGUUAGGGUUAAUUAGGGCGUGAAGUUACUGAAAACAUCAAAUAGAGUGUGUAGUCAAAGAGUUGUAGAUGAUAUCUCCUACGGGAGCUUGUCCGGUUGUAUAUAAUUCUUGGAAUUGUUUUACGAUGACUACUUCGACAGGGUGAUGAUCAUAACAAAGAUCAUGAGUUGCAGACAACGCCGAACUGACGAAUCCAUUGUACAAACCAUGUAGACUAAUAAAAUGUUUGUCAGGA